GCCUUCCUCCGCCUCCUCCUCCUCCUCACCUUCGCCGGGCGCCGCGCCGGGUGACCCAGAUCGCGGCGGCGGCGGCGGCUCCGUGUCCCUCCCGGCUGGAAGGACGGCUCGGGACGGCGGCUGCGCUGCGCCGCGGGCAUGGAGCGACGCGGAGCGAUCGAUGAAUAGUUGAAUCAGUUGAGUGUGAUAAGAACAUCUCAUCUCCCUGGGAACAGAACAGCAAAAGCCUCAUUAUGUGUAGUAAUUUGCACUAAUAUCCCCUGUGAAGAAGAGGUCAUCAGUGAUCAAUAUAUUACGGCUCUAGCAGCACAGACCAAACCAUCACCAUGAAGCACUUCCUGAGGAUGUUUGUCCAGGUAUGCCUGUACUUCUACUGCAAAUGCUUGUGGCGCUGCCUGAAGUUCGUGGUCAGGAAACUAACAGGUCAAUGUGAAUUGCAAAGGAUCUGUUACAACACCAAACCUGGAGCUGCCAGAACCAUGAAAAUAGAGGCAUCCCUGAAAGGCUCAAAAAGUAAGCGGCUGCAAACAUCAGUAAAUGUUCACCCUGAUGCUAUUGAAAAAACGAUAGAUGACAUCAUGGAGCUGAAAAGGAUUAAUCCCGAUGUAAAUCCACAGCUGGGAGUGUCUCUCCAGGCAUGCCUGCUGCAGAUUGUGGGCUACAGAAACCUCAUUGCAGAGGUGGAGAAGCUGCGCCGAGAGCCGUACGAUUCGGAGAAUCCGCAGCACGAGGAAAUGCUGCUGAAGUUGUGGAAAUGCUUGAAGCCGAAUUCACCGCUGAAAGCUCGGAUUUCGAAGCAGUGGUGUGAAAUUGGUUUCCAAGGUGACGAUCCUAAAACAGACUUUAGAGGAAUGGGUCUCCUGGGCUUAUAUAACUUGGUGUAUUUUGCUGAAUGGGACACUGAGAUAGCUCAGCAAGUUCUCACUGAUUCUCUUCACCCUAAAUACAGCCAACUUAGCAAAGCUGAAUGGGAGAAGAAAAAGUUUGAUAAGGCAAUUGGCUACUCUUUUGCCAUCGUGGGCAUUAACAUAACAGACCUUGCAUACAACCUGCUCGUGAGUGGGGCUCUGAAGACCCAUUUCUACAACGUUGCUCCAGAAGCACCCACGCUCACCCACUUCCAGCAGACGUUCUGCUACUUAAUGCAUGAAUUCCACAAAUUCUGGAUUGAUGAGGAUCCACUGGACAUAAUGGAAUUUAAUCGUGUCAGAGAGAAAUUUUACAAGCGAAUCUUGAGACAGCUCCAGAACCCAGAGAUGGCUCUGUGUCCUCACUUUGCUGCAUCAGAAAGUUUAAUCAAUAUGUAGUUACUCAGUUGAUUUAAUUUGGAAGCACUGUCUCACUCUUGGUUUAGAUCACUGUUAGACCAUCACUAGCAUACUGAAUGACCAUGGCAAUCGUGUGCAUGUUUUUGGCGCAGUGUUCAUCUACUUUUGUCACAGGAUCCCCUUAUGCUUCUCUUGCUGGGGAUUUUUCAUUUUAAAUGGGUGCUCAUAUUGCCUCAUUAUGCAGUGUUACCUUCUGAAUUGAUGUCCAGAUAUCAGAGUUUUUCUAUUUUUUUAGACUUUCCUCAUAAUUCAGCAUUGACAAUUGAAUUGUAUUUCUCUAGCAGUGUUUUUGUAUAUGUGGAAUAAGUAGCUGGAUCUUGUAUUGUGAAAGCUUUUUAACUUCUCGGUAUGUUUUAAGAUAACUACUGGCAUUUCAAGCAAAAUAUAUGUUUGGACCUCAUCUAGAAGAUAAUGUAAUUUAAUCUAAUUCAGACAAACACAUUUAAGUCCAAUUUUCUCCAUGCAACCAUUAUAUGCUUAAUGCAAAAUUAAUGAGGCUUGUGAGAUACAACUUUCAGUGAGAAGAGUUUAUGCAGAAUUAUGAUCAAAUGCAUGAAUACCAAAUGGUCUGGUGAUGCUAACACAGUGAGCUGUGAGCACAUUCACAACUAAGAGAUACCGGCAGGGGCCAAAAAUUAAAACAUCGGGCUGUUGUCACCAACACCACCACGCUGAGGCAUGGUCUAGAUUCCUGCACAUUCCUUUGGGUAUGCAGGGCUUAGUGCUUUGUGUCACACGUUGGAAGGCAACAUGAUUUGGUCACGUGGUGCUUGGUGAAUUCAGGGAAGCAAAAUUAUUUAUCUUUUCUUUGAACUACUGAAAAUGUUGCUUUGGUUGUUAAUUCAGUUCCUAAGAGCUGGGAGAAAUAUUUGGUUAGAAGGUUUAGAACAAAACUGCUUGUGUUUCCCAGACUGCUUAUAAAAAAAAAUUCAAAAUGGCAAACUGCCUUUUUUCUAAAACCAUAAAUGAAUAAAAGUGUUUGACAAUAAGAUUGUGUAGUAUACUGAAUAACAUCUACCAUGGCAUUUCAUACCCAUGGUAUUUUUUACCUUCUAAGCAAUCAAUUUUAGUAUUAUAUGUUUGUGUAAAUCACUUGCAUAUGGAGAUUAAAUUGAGUAGUGUCCAACUACUUGUGAAUAUAUGAAUAAAUUAUACAUCAUUCUAAACUGAAGCACUGUGGGUUUUAUUUUUGAGAUAUGCAGUAAUACAGAGGAAAAGUGUUUUACUUAAUGGAUGAGGUAAAAUGGGUUGUAACAGCUCUGUGGUAUUCCCGAGGAUGAAGUGUGAUCACAACUUCUUCAGAUAAGGUGCUUUAUAUCAUUUUAGUUACUGCUUGGGCCAUCACUUUAUUUAACUAAAUAAAUAAAUGAAUAAAUGGAAGUACUUCAACUUCCUAGGAAA